CCCUGUAGUGCUGCCAGGCCGCUGCUGCUCUUUCACCCCAGCUACGUAGGGAGGGCUGGGAAUGUUUUCCUGGAAAGCGUGACCCCACCCGUGGCGUUUGCAUGCAAAGAGCCUUACAGGGCCCCAUUCUGCCCCAAAGCUAGCAUGUCCCUGCUGGCUGUACGGCGAGCGGCUUCAUUCUGACGCUGCAGGAGGGCCUGGGAGCGGUGAGUUACUGGCCCUGAGCUCCCAGCAUGGCUGCACAGAUGUUUGAGGGCACGCAGCACGCAGCCAUCUACCUGAAGUACCGCUUUGCCCCUGGCAAGGAGCUGAAGGACACCAUCCUCACCUACCUGCAGGAGAAGGCUCCCAGCUGCACCCAGCUGGCUGUGGACGUUGGCUGCGGGUCGGGGCAAGGCACAGCCUUCCUGGCAGAGCGCUUCGCAAAGGUGGUGGGCACCGACAUCAGCCAGGCACAGAUCCAAGAGGCCAGGGCUGCCCCUUCUCCUCCCAACAUCUCCUAUCUGGUGUGCCCAGCAGAAGAGCUGCCCUUCGAAGAUGCCUCAGUUGAUCUCCUGGCCUCGUUCACAGCCGCACACUGGUUUGAUACUGGGAAGUUCAUGAAUGAGGCGAAACGCGUGCUGCGGCCGGGCGGCUGCGUGGCCAUCAGCACCUACACUGCUGAUAUGAGCCUGCACUAUGGGGACUGCUCUGAAAAGCUGACCCAAAUCUUCCAGGAGGCCUGGGACCAGCUCUUGAAAUACUCACAUAGUAGAGUAAAACACGUCCUGGAAGACUACAAGGAGAUCUUUGAGGCUUUGCCAUUUCCAGACAAGAAGAGAAUCACCAAUAUCUAUGAUAAAAUUCCCAUGACCGUUGCUGGGGUGGUCGGUUACUUAGAGUCUGCCUCUCCAUACCAAGUAUUCAUGAAGAGUGAUCCUGAGGCUGCAAAAACCCUCCUCCUAAGGAUGGAAAAGAGGCUGCUGGAGACGAUGGGAGCUGCCUCACGUGACACCCCGCUGGAGUUCUGGGUGAGGCAUGUCUGCAUCCUGGGGCACAAGGAAGCGUGAGGCAAGCCUCCUCCUGACCUCGUGCUGAAAGAAACAGGAUUCCAAACACCCUGCUCUUCCUUGGAGAGAUCAGUGGUGAUUUCAGUGAUCGAAGCCUUAAUCUUUGUAAGCAGACGUGGACUUAACGCAGGGCCACAGGGUCUGUGCCAUGCUACCAGUCUGCCCAGCACCCUCCUGUUGGAGGAACCCACCAGAGUGGUUGUGAUUGUUAUCCCACAUCCAAUCCUAUAACAGCUGAAUUUCUUGAAAAAUUAAAAAAAAUAAGUUGCAAAGUGGAAUUGUGUUUGGCUUCUCUAAUAGAGGCUUGGUGGGCCUGGCUGCUCUGGUCCCUGUGGAAUUUCUGGGCAGGGAGCUCCUGUAGCUUGAGCCUCCCUGGGCUUGCUCCUGCAGAGAAUUGUUUGCAUAGCCCUUGGAUCCAGCCUCAGUUUUUUUAAUCUGCUUUGUGCACCAAAGGUAAUUGUGUGCCACUCCCUGAAAUGCAAAGGCGAAAUGAUUCAAAGCUGGGUCUCAACAGGUGCUGGUCACCUCCUGUUUGCUUUUUGGAGGCACUGAGGUUCCAUGGGGAUGUGUCCAGUUCCCAUAAUCCCUGCACCAGGCAGGAAUGGUGCCCUAGAGCUGUGCUCUGUGAGGGGAUCAGGGUCCCCUUUCCCAUAAAAAGGGAUUUUGUGCUAUCAGUCCCAUGGGGUUUUUCUCCCAUGGAAGCACUGUGGGGAGGAUUUGACCAGCCUAUCCCUUUGGGAUACUGCAGGUGAGGCAACAUCCCCAGGCUGUUAAACUUAAGAGGGUUGGAGAUGCUGUGUCCCUACAGCACUGGCACAAGAGCUUUCCAAAAAAAGGGUUUAUAUUCACAGCAGCUAACUAGAACAGCUCUCCUCAUGUCAGCCUCUGAGGGAUGAUGCAGGGGUGAUGUGACAGCAUGAGUUACAUCACUGCAGCUGAGUGCUGGUAGUGGCACCAGCAGGUGGGAUGGCUGCAGUGACAGCUGCUGAGCAGUGGCUAUCUGUUGGAUUUGGAGCAUUAUUUUGUCUUGCUUCACCUUUUUCCCCCAAGUCUUUGUACAACCAGCUCCAAUAAGGUGGGGGAGAAGCUCCUGGCUCCUUCAUACCUCUUUACUGCACAGCACGGCUGGUGGCCGAUGCUGCUUUUGUCAGCCUCCUGGUGAGUCACAGGGCGAUGACCUCACCUGGCACUGGCGACUGCUUGGCACAGCUGUGUCUGUUUUGCUUUCCUUUCCACACCUGGGGAUCUCCUGCAGUCGGGGAUUUCUUCCUCUGGAAAAGCAGAACGAACCUCCUCGGUGCUUUUCUUCCACUUCGUAGCAUCGGGGGACUUGUAAUUAUUUGUGUCACCCAGUGUAUUAACAGCACAGUCAAUAGAUGUGGAAUGCAAUUAAUAAUUUCUUAAUGUAGUGAGACCAGAUAGCUGCUCAUUUUCUUGUGGGCAGAAACAGAAGAAGGGCUGCAUCGCUGCCUAUGCCUCCCCGCUGGGCUGGCCAUGGUGUGCCCAGGUGGUGGCUUUGUGGGACAUGCUGUGGUGGGUGACAGCUGCUGCAGUGGCAGAGCCAGCAGAAACGUGGUUCAAAGGAGCUGUGCCAAAUGCGGCCAGCCUGGGUUGAGGUACAACCUAUUGGUGUGAAAGCAUCUCUUGCAGCUCCCUGUGCAGGACUCCGGGUUUUCCUGCCAUCUGCUCAGAGCUCGGUGCCCACGAUGGAGCCAUGCAGUGUGUCGUGCUCCAGUGCUGUGCUUACAGCUAUGGUUUUCCUGCUCUGCUUUCACUUUACCUUUGGCACCUUGGGAUUUCCUGCAUGCCUGUGUAAAGAGAUGACGUCUCAUUAUGCUUUGCCAACCAGAAAUGAUGCCUGGGGAAAUAAACGCUGCAGUGACAGAGGAGACGAACCAAAGGAGCCAAGUCCCACAGCAACGUCAUGCUGCUGUGGCACCCAAUGGGAAACCCACAGAGCAUCUCUAUGGCUGUUCUGAGUGCAGCCAGCAGCGAUGGGUGCAGGUUUUGGGGUAAAUCCCCUGGAUUAUGGUGGAGGUGAGAUUGCAAGAGCUGGCACUGUCCGUGAGCAUGUUGCCCCUUCUUCCCAGGAGAGCAUGCUGCUCCAGCUGCAUUGAGGACGUUGUGCCCAGCUUUAACACCUCAUGGGAUUUUUCUGUUACGGAUGUUCUAUGCCUUGCUUGGGUAGCUUCUAUGAAGUUACUUUCAUUGCUUUUGGCUUCUAUUUCAUCGUUGUACCAAGUAUGAACAAAUGCAUUGAAUAAACUGCAUUUUUCUCUAUGUGUUUGCUUCUUUAAGUGGACAGAAGGGAAAGAGGAGCUUUCCAAUCUUGGGGCACACAAGGUAAUGAAGAACCAAGCCUUGGCUGAGGCUCAGGCUUUUAAUUAUUGACCUUAGCUGUAUUAAUGAGUAAUAUAG